AUGCGAACUAGAUUACAAGUGGAUUAUGACGAAAUAGAAAUGGAUUACAAGGGUAUUACUGUGAAAUACUUUACUGAAGUUGAUUACAAGUGGAUUACUGAGUUGAAAAUUAUUGUCCUAAUUUCUGGCGAAAAUCAAUACCAAUGUCGCGAAAUUUAUUUGCCAUACCCGCCAGGUGAUCAAGCUGGCUGUAUAAUCAAGGAGAUAGUUGAGGAGACAGAGGAAGCGGAGAGGGAACAGAAGAUAGAUGUGGAGGACAUAGGCGAGGAGCGGGUGAUAAAUAAAGAGGCAGAUGAGGAUAUGAAAAAAUAUGAAGUAUAUCAGCAGAUAGACAAGAAAAUGUGUCAGGAGCAGAUGAUAAGUCUAGAGGAGGAGGAGGAGGAGGAGGAGGAUCAGCACAUAAAUGAGGGGAUAUCUAAGGAGUCAGAUAAGGAGAAGGAAGAGGAGAACAAAGACAAAGAGAAGGAGGAGGAUGAGAAAAUAGAUGUUAAGAUAGAUGAGGAGACAAUAGACUUGGAGGAGGAUCAGAAGAUGGAGGUGGAGGAUGGAGAUAGUAGAAGGGAAGGAGAGGAUCAGGCGAUAGAUAAGGAGGAAAUAGAAGAGAAGGAGGAGGAAAAUGCUCAGAUUGAUGAGGAGAUAUGUAAGAAGGAGAAAGAGGAGAUAAAUGAAAAGAUAGAUAACGAGAUAGAAGAAGAGGGAGAUGAGGUAAUAAAAGAGGAGGAUCAUGCGAUAGUGGAAAAGGAGGAAAUAAAUAAAGAAACAUAUAAAAUAAAAGAAGAGGAAAAAGAGGAUCUGCAAAUAGAUAGAGAGUUAUGUCACGAGAAGGAGAAUGUUUAG